AUGCUUACCAUGUUGCGAGCUGGCUCUCGGAGCGAUGACGGCUCUGAUACUACCGAGGAGAUUGUAAGAGACGGAUAUCCAUAUUAUUUUAAGAAGAAUAAUGGCCGCAUGGUAAUGGCGAGAAAGAUUCCUACAAAUCGUGCAAAGAAAAAUUUCAGUUUGCUAGGUCAAACUUUCGGAAUUCACGAACCAAAGAGAAAGACUUCUAUGGAAACCUUGAGGAAGAAGAAGAAACUGGCGCGUUUUCCUAUCCCACGACCUCCUUAUUCGACAGCGCACCCACCACAACACUUUUCCGCUUUCGCACCACCGCCAAUUCCUUAUGCGCCAGCCAUCCCUCAACAGCCUUUUCCGAAUCCAAAUUUCUUUCCUCAAACAAACCCUGGAUUUCCUCCUUUCUACCCUGUUCCUGGAUUUUCUGCUGCACCUGCACCUGUACCGGUGCCAGCAUCGGCAACAGCACAGCAACCCAUGCGAUGGGCGUUUCCACCAAAAGCGUCAAAGCCACCAAAUUUUGAAGAACUUCGAAAAGUUGAAUCUGACUUUCUUAAGAGAACGAAGUCGAAGUCAAAGUCAAAAAGAGAAGGAAAUAUUGAUGACCAUACAGAGAUAAAGAAAACUACAACGACCGUCAUCACCAAGCAUGUCUGUGUCAGCUGCCAAAGAGAUCGCUCUUCCAAAUAUCAUCUUGAUAAUCCAAUCAAGACUGGUGAGAUUCCUACCCCUGGGUUUUGUCGCAGGUGUCGCAGAAACGCUACCUCUACUAGCGGUUCAAGUAGCGAUGACAGCGAUGACAGUCGUUCAAAGAUUCAUGGAUAUAGAGGAAGAGGAAGAAGAAGAACAAAGGAGAAAAGCUCAAAGAAGAAUUACAGACGCAAACCCAUGUCUCGAGUUCGCUCUAUUGAAUUUCUGAGCCGAGAUGAUGAUAGAAGAGACAAUACCCACUCUAAUGACCAUCGGCAUGAAAUUAUCGUUGAGGAGGAAGUUACACGCGAACGCAAAACCGCACCCAAAGACCCAGCUAGACGAAGUGAGGACAACUCAAGACAGUCAGCAUCCAGAAGCUACACUCGUACUGAUGAAAGCGAUCCCAUUGAAGACAACACCACUGCCCGAGAAGAGCCAAAAGUGAGAAUUAAUAUCACAAAUCGAUCCUUAUCGGUCAGUCCACCAUCAAUCGUUGAUGACCUCGGAGAAAAGCCAGUCCGCUUUGACCAGCAGACUAGGAAAGCAAACGCCACUUCUCAAGCCGCCUCUCGACAAGAUCUUUAUAAAUCAUACAGAUACAUUGAGCCACUUCACUCUGCUACUCCAUUCGAAUAUCUGCCAAGAUCUGUUCGCUUCUCAAAAGAGUCUCUUCCAAGCUUACGUAUGAAAGAUCAUGCUCAGCGGAGACGUUCUGAGCGUACACAUCCUGAGCGUUCUUAUGAUCAUGAUAUUCAUGAGCAAGUACAUGAAAAUGUUCCUCGUCGUCGCUCCGAUGAAGAUAUUAUCGUGGUUGAAACAGAACACGAACACCCUGAGUCACGAAAUGAGCCAAGGCACUUGCCUCGCCAUCGCUCGCGCUCCUCUGACGAAGACUUCAUCGUUGUCGAGACCGAACAUGAAUUACCCAGAUCUCGAACUGAGUCUAGACAUAAUCUAAGAAGACCACAAGCAAGACGUCACAGUCCUCCACGUGCCCCCAUCAGGACUCGCGAAACGUAUAUCACUUCUGAAGUCGAUCAACAUGGCAAUGAGACGCAGUAUAAGUGGACUACUACAAGCCGAACAAGUUCAAGCUUAAGCUCUCUGAGAAGUUUCGUGCCAAGUAAUCGGCGUACUUCUUCAGAUCUCUACCAUACUUCAACUGUUCGUCGUUCUUCAGAUUCUAGCGAAGAGUUUAAUAGAGCUUAUGAAAUGGCUCAUCAGAACUUGCCAAACCCAGGACCUCGUCGUCGUCAACGUAGCUCAUUCAAAAGUUAUGGAAGCUUUAUGGAUGGCACUAGGACACCUCCUCGAGCACCAGACCCACCAACUAUGAACGGUAGUUGGGACCCUAGAUAUGUGCCCAGAAAUAGAGAUCGUUCAACUUCUCAGAGCAAUCCACCUAAAGUUCCUCAACAUCAGAGCACUCCUCGAAAAAAUCAGACAUGGAUGAAUGCAUCGACAAUCGAUCAGCUUGAUCACCGCUUGGAACAGAAUCGAAAAUCACGUGUCCAUUCUCGAUCAUCUGGUUCUCAAUCUUCCGGCUCAAUGGUCACCCAAUCCGAUUCUUUCACAACAACAUCAACAUCAGCAGGCUUAUAUGAACCCAGCGUUUCGGAUUCUACACGCCUUUCCAUGGUCCCUCUACCAGUUUCUAUUCGUGACACCACAGACAGUGGGAAUGAAGUUGAAUCAACUCUCGCCGCACCGAGUAUAAAGGCAAUUCUUAAAAAGAAGCCAGUUGUUGAAACUAGCCGUCGUCGUUAUGAAUGUGCUGAAAUUACAAAGUCCAAAGUUGACGCCAAUAUUCAUGCUGUCCGUUCCACUUCCCAGAAAUACAGGGAUCAAAUUGGAAGCUAUACAGCCUAUGUUGAGUACGGUAAAGCAGCAGUAGCUCCCAACGAAACAAAUCAUCUUACCGCUAGUGGUCGCACUCGAGACGUUGCAGGCAGAGAUGAUAAUGCUACCAUCUUUGACGACGCUACCGAUCUCACUCUCCGAACAGCUCGUUCUAAGGCUGCUGUUCUUGAUCGUGUCAAGCUUCGACGCCGGGUAUCUUUUCAAGAGAACCCUGAGUAUUCGGCUACUCCUAAACCAUCUAGAGAAAAUUCUUGGGCCGAGAAUACCAAUUAUGAUGCGGAGCAAUCAUAUGGUGGCAAUACCUAUACCAACGAUCAAUCUUGGGAUGCCAAUGCAGAUCGAUCUUAUAGUGCUACUAGUAACAGGUAUCAAUCAUGGGGAGCUGAAGCCGCCGAAGAUAUCUCUCGGGGUACCAACACCAAGACUACUGGCAACAAUUUCUGGUCGAGCCCAACAGAUACCGAAACCGUCCUUCCAGACAUAGGCGGCUAUAGCGGUGGGGCAGGUGCCAAAUGUAAUCCCUUGGAUUUCAGCGGAGACGGUUAUGCCUCUACUCCUACACCCAAGUCUAAAUCCGGUACGGGAGGGAAUGGUAAUACCGACGGUGAUGACAGUAAUAAAAAUAAGAAGCAAGCUGAUGAUGAUAAUGAUGGCUGGGGUCCCAUCCCUACAUUUUCUUCUCUCAAACUUUGA